GUACGGCGGGGGUGCGGGGACCGAGCAGCGGGUGGCUGGAGCCCCGGACUCCAGCCCAGAGCCUGGCCUGACUGCCCUGGGACCAAGGGCUCCCACAGCCAGCGUCGACCCCCACUCAGCCCAUCUAGGGAGGGGGUCCAGGGACCCCCAGGGCGGGGCAGCUGCCUCCCCAUAGCACCCCAGCCUGCUGCCUCCCUGGCCUCUGUGCCCCACUGGACGCAGUCCUCUCUCUGCCGUGGCUCUGCCCCUGAGGGGCCUGUGGGGUGCAGCCAGCCUGGUCCGAGCUUUCCCCUGCAGAUGGAGGGGGCCGUCCUGGUCCCCUAUGUGCUGGGCCUGCUGCUGGUGCCACUCCUGGCCGUGCUGCUGCUGGCCCUGUGUGUGCGCUGCCGCAAGUUGCCAGGCUCAUACGACAGUGCCUCCUCAGAUAGUUUGAACCCAAGGAGCAUCCUGCUCAAACAGCCUUACACACCUGCUCCCUGGCCACCUGCCACCCCCUACCCGCCUGUCAGCUCUUACCUACCCCCGAGCCAGCCGGAUCUGGUCCCCAUCCCAAGAUCCCCACAGCCCCCCGGAGGCUCCCACCGGAUGCCGUCUUCCCGGCAGGAUUCAGAUGGUGCCAACAGUGUGGCGAGCUACGAGAACGAGGGUGCGUCCGGGACCCUGGGUGCCCAGGCGGGGUGGGGAGGCUGGAGCCUGUCCCAGAUUAUGACCCCUAUAUUGUUACCCCCAGAGCCACCCUGUGAGGACGCGAACGAGGAUGAGGACGACUACCACAACAGCGAGGGCUACCUGGUGGUGCUUCCCGACAGCACCUCGGCGGCCAGCACGGCUGCCGUGUCAGCUCCCGCGCCCAGCAAGCCUGGCCUGCGAGACAGCGCCUUCUCCAUGGAGUCCAGUGAGGAUUACGUGAAUGUCCCCGAGAGCGAGGAGAGCGCGGAAGCAUCUCUGGAUGGCAGCCGGGAGUACGUGAAUGUGUCCCAGGAGCUGCCGCCAGCGGCCAGGACCGAUGCAACCCUGAAAUCCCAGGAAGUGGAGGAUGAGGAGGAAGAGGGAGCUCCAGAUUAUGAGAAUCUGCAAGAGCUUAACUGAGGCCUGUGUGAGGCCGUGUCUGUCCUGGAACCAGCCUUGCCUGGGAGGGCUGAGCUGGGCAGCUGGAAGUGGCUCUGGGGGGCCCCACUUGGUGCCCUGCCCUGGCUCCAGCCUGACAACAGUUUGAAAAUUUUCCCCCUAACUUAUUGUCACUUUGGGGUGCAGUCUGUGUUCCCCCAGCAACUCUGCACCUUCUGACGCAGCCUGAGAAUGAACUACCCUGGCCCUAGCCCUGUUGUAAUAGAAUAAAGGCCGGCGUGGUCUGGA